UUUAGUUUCAAGUUUCUCUUUUCAUAGUCGUAUGUCUCUUCAGCAUUAAUUCAUCAAAAUACGUUUGUACCAUGGCUUCUGUGGAGAAAAUCUCGUACUGGAUCCCAAACUGGGAUAUCAACAAGAAGGUUAUCACACAGGAGAUCCAGUACUAUCUGGGCCCGGAAGCUACCGUGCGUCCAUACACACGAGACGGAGAAGAUGGCUUCCUCAUUACGACGCCAGGACAAUGUCUCACAGAUGAGCAGAUCAACGACAUCUGUUUGAAGUCGAGAGAAGUCUGGGAGAAGCAAGCUGCAGCACGUUCGAAGAAGGAAUCAGACAAGCAACUAAAGCGACCACUUCAUAAGCCUAUCGUUGUAUCUCGAGGUUCGAAAAGCACCGAUUCAUCAUCGAGACACCAUCGUCGCCACUCUGACGAGCGAGAUCGAGGCGAAGGGUCAAGUCGUCGGCGUUCAGAUGAGCGUAGGUACGACCCAAGAGACAGGUGGUGAAGGAUGAUUGGCCAACUUGGCCUCAGAUUGAAAUGGACUUGGAGUUUGGCGUCUUGCCUCUUAUACUUUUGUGCAUCACCAUUGCACAUAGGAGGGUUAAAUUGACGCAGGAAGAGGACAGAAAGACAUAUUGGGGAGGAAUCAUCGCUUCGAGUUUUAGAGUUUUGCAUCGUGCGGAUCGACUUCUGCGUUUUGUUUAUAACGCAGCUUUUGAUUCAACCCAAACUUUGUUGAAACUCAAUGUACUACAUGAAAUUUCAUCG